UCGAUCGGUCAGGAGCGCACCUUUCUCAACCUCCAGAGCCGGUCAGAUCUAAAGCAGACUGCUAUGUCGAACCUGGAGGCAGCGCAGAUAAGAAAAAAAAAACUUUUUCUCUUCAGCAGGUAAAUAUCGAGGUAAUAACUCUAAACAAUAUUCUACCAGCACUUCCACAGGAAGCCAAGCUGAAAUGGGAUAGAAUGUGGAACGUUAUGGAAGAACCAACCCGUACCCGGAAAUACCUGGUGGCACGUUACCAAGACCCUCAUUACAAGAUGAGGGAGAAAAAUGAAAGGUCUGGACUGCGAAUGAAUUUAAAGGAAGCAAAGCAAAUGGCUGAAUCAGGCAUCAUGCGGUUCGUAUACUGCGCAGAUGAAAAACGAGAUCUAACUACGGGGUUGGUUUCGUCCUUUUUCAGUCCGGGAAGAGAGGGCAACAGGAUGGAGACGUCGUUUUAUUGCAUGGCCGGAAGCGCUAAAAUGGAAAUUGCUUCAUCUAGGAAUUUAUACUCCUGA